UCUCUCUCCCGUCCGGCUAUCCCCCUCGUACAAUAAUUCUGUCCAUAUACAAUUACAGUAGGAAAUCCAAGCCACUAAAACUAGAUCACCCACCAGGCAAAAACUCAACCACAUUUACUCGCACGGUCACACCCCCUUAUCAAUUCUCCCUCUAUAUAUAUUUAUCCCCUUUCUCCACUUUCCAUCACACAAACACUGCACACGAGAUCAAAUUUCGAAGCAUAUAAAUUUUCUUGUUUCCUUCAGAAUCAAGUACCCAAAAGGCUGGAUUUUAAGUAGGAGGUGUUAGAGAUUCCUGUGGUGUUGUUUUGAGAGAGAGGGGGUAAAACCCAGAGGGAGACAAGUUGUAGACAACACGGCUAUACUAAGAGCGAAACCGCUUCUCAUCCAUGUCCGGGCAGUGCGAUGUAAGGGUUUUGUAAGCGAGAGCAGCCCUUCGCCGCACGGUGGACGUGGUGCUUUGCCUUCUGAAGGCGGCAGCCCUUCCGAUCUCCUCUUCCUUGCCGGCGGCGGGAUCUACUGUUAGGCUCUGUAGAGUAAUAUAUUAGAUUUACUGUUUAAAAUUGAUUAUUAUCGUAUUACUGUUUAGCUAAAACGUUCUUUUAUCUGCGUUUGGUUGUGGGCUUGGUGGGUUGUUCUUGAAAUCUUGUAAUUUGGAAGAUAAAAAAAUAAAAAAUAAAAAAUACCUAUUAAGAGAUUUAAGAUGAUGCUGAGAAUCAAGAGAGUUCCAACUGUUGUUUCGAAUUACCAAAAGGAAGAGGGGGAGGAAGGCGGCUGCGGCCGGAAUUGUCUGAGAAACUGUUGCCUUCCAGGAGCAAAGUUGCCUCUGUAUGCUUUCAAGAGGGUGAAUAAAGUUUCUUGUGAUAAGGGUUUGGUUGACCAUGAGGAUAAAGAGGCUCCAGUUGCCUUCUUGGACUCCCUUCUUCUUGGGGAGGUAAUUUCCUUUUGAUUUACCA